AUGGAUGAGUUGGAAGCGGAUGAGUAUCUCAAAAUACCAAGGCAAAAUGGGGUUCAGGGAUCUGGAAGUAAAGUAUUAUCCAGGUGGGGAUUUUUUGAAAGCUCAAAUGGGGCGAAAGCCAUCCUAUGCGUGGAGAAGCAUAGUUCAAGCUCGGGAAGUAUUGGAGAGUGGGAAAUGGAGAGCUCAUCCGAAGUGGGGCAAAUCUGCAAUCUUGUAUUGAGCCCCCUAGGCCAUUCGGAUAAGGUGGUGUGGCAGGGUACUAAACAUGGUUUUUUCUCGGUGAAGAGUGCCUAUCACCUGGAGAUGCAACACAGAAAUCAAACUAGGGGAGAGAGCUCCACCACAGGGCAGGCGGGAGAGAUCUGGAAAGCUAUUUGGAACCUACAAGCACCACUAGUUUUGAAGCACUUUGUUUGGAAGGUGUGUAACAAUAUUCUUCCAACCAAAGUUCUUUUAUCUUCAAAGAAAAUAGUCCAAAAUCUUAUGUGCCCCUGCUAUCUUAGGGAAGAAGAAAACAUCUACCACAUUCUUUGGAGUUGUCCUUCCUCCACAGCAAUUUGGCAAGAAUGCCCACGAAGGGUCCUGAAUAUGGCUCUUGAACCUACUGAUGGUUUGGGUCUUAUUGAAGGUUGGUUAAAGAAGCUGACGGGGGUUGAAUUCAUUUUUGCUCUUGCUGUGGCAAGACAGAUUUGGUUAAGGCGUAAUGCCUAUGUAUUUGAGGACUUCUUCAUGCCCCCUAUGCAGGUUUUACAAGUGGCAAAGUCUUCUCUUGAAGCUUUUGAGGAAGCCACUGCUACUAUGGUGGUUGAACGUAGCCUCCCAGGCAAUAUAUGGGUGAAAUGGAAUAAACCCCAUAUGGGUGUCAUGAAGAUCAAUUGGGAUGCAGUCUUGAACAAAGCAACGAAAAACAUGGGAGCUGGGGUUGUAAUUCAAGAUGAUAGUGGAGUAUUUGUAGCAGCUCUCUCCAAGAUUGUUCCCUACAUUGUAGACCCUUUCACUGCUGAAGCAAUAGCCGUAUGGUAUGCUGUGCAACUGGCGUGUGAUCUAGGACUCCAAAAUGUGCUCUUAGAAGGUGACUCCCUGAAUGUAAUUGCAAAUUUGAAGAAGGAGGGCUCUUGUGGGAAUGGUUGUGAACAACUAAUCACUGAUACUAAGAGCAUCCUUUCUUGUUUAGUUCAUUGUAGUUUUCAUCAUGUUAAAAGGGAUGCUAACAUGAUAAAUUUUGGGUGGAGGACUGCCCUUUAUAUCCAACAUAUUGUACUUGCGGAGCAAGAGGAAGAUUCAUGA